UGUAAGGUCAAAAGUGCUGUUUGAAAAGGGAAUCAUCAAACUCGCCUUACGCUUCCCCACCUCCCUAAAUAACACACUCGCCCUGGCCCUCCCUCUCUCUCUCUCUCUCUCUCAGAGGCCAUGAUUGAUGAAAAUCCAUUGAAGAAGCAAAGGCAGCCUCUUAUCUCCCAAAGCAACUCUUCUCACUUUUAAUCUGUGUCAGACUCACGAGACUCCGACCCAAAGCACACAACGCAAUUCACAGGACUCACAAGAAAGCAGAGAUCAACCCCAUACCCCAAAAGAGAAAAAAGGAGAAAACCAGAGAGAAGCAGCAAAUGGAGACUCCUAAUGGCACACCCAAGAAGAAAAGCGUAGAACACGGACAGGUUAUGGACGGUUCGGAUAUAAUGAAGUUGGUUGGGAACGACGAGGUGUUUAGCAAUUUCGUGGACCAUAAGUUCCAGGAGCUUGAUAGGGAUAGAGAUGGGAAACUCUCUGUGAAGGAGCUUCAGCCUGCUGUGGCUGAUAUUGGUGCUGCUCUGGGUUUGCCUGCUCAGGGCACCGCUUCUGAUUCCGAUCACAUUUAUUCUGAGGUCUUGAAUGAAUUCACACAUGGGAAACAAGAAACAGUGAGCAAGACUGAGUUCAAAGUGGUUCUUUCAGACAUUCUUUUAGGCAUGGCUGCCGGGUUGAAGCGGGAUCCUAUUGUGAUCCUCCGGAUUGAUGGUGAAGACCUUCUUGAAUUCAUCACUGGCCCAACUUUUGAACCAGAGAUGGUGUCCAUAUUUUCGCAGAUAGACUCACACGAUGGAUCCCUCCGAGACUCUAUAAUUAAGGCUUUUGAAAAACUUAGCGUGGAUCAAGGGAUGCCCCCUUCUUUGGAUUCUUGGGUUUUGGAAAACAUUGUGCAACCAGCAUUUCGAUCCUGUGCUGGUCAUGAUUGGGACAAAUCUGUCUCUCAAGAAACAUUCUUGGUGGAGUUUAAGAAAGUUGCAGAAUGCGUGGCUCAGCAUCUCAAAGAGCAACCUGUGAUUGUCGCCCACAGUGAAAAUACCUUUGAAGGAAGUGGCGUUAAGAGAUUAUUAUCGAACCAGUUUGAAUUAGACAAGAUUUUGAACGCAACUUUAGAGAAUGUACCAAAAGAUCGCAGUGGAAAACUGUCUAAGGAGUAUCUGCAAGUGGCGUUUGAUGUUGUGGCUCCGUCAGCUGGUCUACCUCCAGUUGGUGCAGUUGAAGAGAUGGAUAAGAUUGUUGGUGAUGUGUUCAAGAUGAUGAAUGUGGAUGAUGGGAAGAUGGUUAAAGAAGAUGAGUUCAAGAAAUUAUUGACUGAAAUCCUGGGGGGUAUCAUGUUGCAACUGGAGGGCAAUCCGAUUUCAGUUUCUACAAAUUCAGUCGUGCACGAGCCCCUUGCCUCCUCUUCUUCACUUUUGCAGCCAUCUUCCUAGUCAUACAGCAUAGCUGCCUUAACUAUAUUAUAAGAACCAUAUAAUUUUGUUAUCAUAAUGAUUACCAUUUACCAUAAGUUCUGUAUUGGGUAAAUUGAGCGUGCUAAUCCAUGUAAUGCUUUAAAAUGUUA